UGAUGCUACAUUUAUGCAGUGCUCCUGGUCGAAUGAUCGUGUGCAGUCUUGAUCGGCCAUUCCAUCGACUUGCAUCGAUCGCGCCGCGGUGUACCCCACCAGAUAGCUUCACGCCGACAGAGAAAUGAAAGUAGCAACGAGCUGAUUAUCUCUGGCAGACGACCGUCCUGAUCGGGGACCUGAUUUCGUUCGAAUUCUCAUCUGUGACCAGCGCUGCCAGGAUAGUAACUGAACGUUAUUGAAAUGGAAUUGCGACAGUUCAGAAUUAGUUGCCGUAGUCUCGGGGUAUAGUACCGAUGCGGACUGUCCGAGUUCACGACCAGGCACAGUAGUCUCGCCUACCGCUUAUGAACAGAGGACCGAUCCUGGCACCAUUCACGUUACGAUGAUGUACGCGCGCGCUCCCUCGGGAGUUCCGCCAUCCCACGCCUCCCCUGGCCAGCCUCGUCGACCGCUUCCCGUCCCGUCUCCAUCACCGUCUCCGUCAGGAGCGACGGCGUCGGCCGGCGAUGGCCGGUUCGUCCCGCACCCGUUCCAGUACAACGCGCGAGUGGCCUCGGCGCUGGUGCCGUGCGUGCUGGUGCUGCUGGGCGCGGGAGGCCCCGUCGUCGUGGGCACGCUGAUCGCGGGGCUCAUGCUGUCGUACAUCCUCGACGCGCUGCAGUUCAAGUCCGGCGCCUUCGUCGCCAUCUGGGUGUCCUUCCUCACCACCGCCGCCGCCAUAGCCUUCUCCGGGGUGGGCUUCGCCCCGCACGUGCCCGUCCCUCUCUCCCUCCUCGUGCUGCUUUCCUCCAUGAACCUCGUGUUCCUCUGCGGCGUGUGGGUGUCGCUGCAGUUCCGCUGGCUGCAGCUCGAGCACCCCUUCGUCGUCCUCACGCUCGAGCGCCUCGUCUUCGCGUGCACGCCCAUCACCACGGUCGCCAUCGUCACCUGGGGCCUCGUCGCGUCGGUGGGCGUGGUGCGCGCGCCCUACUACCUGGUUCCGGUGCUCUUCACCCUCUUCUGGCUCUUCUCGCUCCCCACCCCCUCCUCCUUCCGCGCCGCGAAGCACCAUCCGCGAAUCCGGGGCAGGGAAUCCGAUGAUGACGUGUUCAUUCUGGGGCCGCUGGAGAGCGCGGUUCACGCACUCGUGCUGCUCUUCCUGCCGCUGGCGUUCCACGUGGCGGUGCAUCGCAACCGUUGGUUGGAGUCGGCGGGCGACAUCUGCGACGAUCUGCUGCUCCUCUUCCUGCCCGUGCUCUUCCUGCUGCUCGCCUCCUCCAGAGGCGCGCUGCACUGGCUCGUCACCGACCCCAGCAAGCUGCAACGGGUGCGCAUUGUGAACGGCGCCUUUUCUCUGGCGGUCGUGCUGGUGUGCGUGGAGGUGCGCAUCAUCUUCGCCUCCUUCGCGCACUACAUCCACUUCCCGCCGCCCCUCAAUUACCUGCUCGUCACCGUCGCCCUGUUUGGCCUCGCCUUUGGCUUCGCCGCGCACCUCCUGGGGCUGCUCAGGGGCGUCGUUGGCACGUCCGCCGUCAUGGCUGUGCUGCUCGUGUCCGCUGUGGCGGCAUCACUGGUGCUCGGCAUGCCUCUUACUAUGCUUCCAGCGCCCGCCAUAGCAGCGGUGUACCUGGCGCACUUCUACACGUCGGGCAGCCUGUCCUCGUACCUCAUCUUUGCAGCAGCGGCGGCGCUCUCAGCCACGUGGUUCGUGAUGGACCACUUCUUCUUCCUCGCCCUCUCCAUCGCCGGCUUCCCGCUGCGCACCAUCUGCCAGUGGGUGCUGGGCGCGCUGCUGCUCGCGCUGCUCGUGCCGGGGGCCGUGCUGCUGCACAAGCCGCAGAGGGUGGCAGGAGUGCUCGUGGUGCUGCAGGCGGUGGUCUUUGGAUGGCUCGAGAGCAUUCUCUAUAACGGGGAUGGGCAUGCAGAGGAAGGCGUGUACCCGAGCUACCUGGUGGUAACCACCACAGUUGCGGGGUUCGUAGCUGUGCGGCGGCUGAGAGCGGAGCACAAGAUAGGCCCACUGGCGGAGUGGGUGGCGUGCUGUCUGUACGGCGCAAAGCUGCCCAUGCUGCUGGUGUCGUCGCCCGGGGUCACUCUCUCCUCGCAGCUGCUGCUGCUCGCCGUCACUCCGCCCUUCUUCCUCUACAGGGACAAAUCCCAUCCUCGCUCGCGUAUGCGGCCGUGGGUGGCGGUGGCGCAUGCAGCGGUGGCGGCAGCAGCAGUGGUCCACACUCGCUUCAUGCUCUUUGACGUCAUUGUCUCGCUCACGGGGCACAAGCCCUCCCACGCGCUGCUCAUCGGCGCGCUGCUGCUGGCUGUCAUCGCUGCCUGCCUGCCCAUCCUCUUCCUGCACUUUCCCAACUCCUUGUCUGCCCGCCGCACAGCAGCGCUAGCAGCAGCAGGCGUGCUCCUUUUUAUGUGCUUGGAGCCGCCGCUUCCAGCAGCGUGGCACGCGGUGUGGGACGCGGCGCACUUCCCCGAGGACGACCCCGACGACAGCACCAUCUACGGCCAGCGCACCGACGGCCCCGCGUGGCCCGGCUGGCUGCUCCUCGGCACCAUUCUCACCGCGCUCGCCGCCUUCUUCCACGCCAUCCCCGUGGCUGACGUGGAGCCUGUGCGCGUGGGCUACGCGCUCUCCAUCGGGGUGGCAACUGGCAUCUACCUCCAGGCCAAGUUCUUCCUCUACAUGCCGCUGCUCCCGCGUACCCUCCUCUUUGCGGCUGCCGUUGCGGGCGCGCUGUUCCUGGUGCUGACGCACCACCCGCCCGCGUGGGCGUCGGGGCACUCGCCCGUGCUGCCGUGGCUGUUUGCCGUGCAGGCGGCGCUGCUGCCGCUCACGUACCUGGCGGUGGGACGCGCGGGGGAGGUGGAGGUGCAGGGGGAGGAUGGGGAGGCCACCAAGACGUACGACUUCUAUGAUGACACAAGGAGGGAGUCAGCGCACACUGCGCUCUGCGCCAUCUACUGCGUCUUCUUCCUGCUGGCAGCGCUCGUCAUCAAGCUCAAGCUCUCUGCUGCCCUCAGGGACAAGCUCUCAGGCCGCCCCUCCACUAGUGGCGCCUCUGCCCUCUCCUCCUCCUCCGACGGCGGGCUGGUUUCAGCUGCUAAUGGCGGCUCCGCUCUUCCCAAGACCUCGCCGUUUGCCCCCAAGCACCGGUCGUUUCAGCCCCGGCAGCUGAACCUGCUAGCCGCCUUCACCUCGCGCUCCUCGUGGCUGCCGCUGGUGGGCAACCUCUCCACUCUCUUCUCCUUCCUGCUGGCCCUCGGCCUGCUGGCGGUGCUGGGGCAGCACGAGAGCGACCAGCAAGCCAUCUUCCUCAUCGCGCCCAUCCUCCUCCUCCUCAACCCCGACCUCAACUUCCUCGCCUCCUUCUCCGACCGCCAGCGCUACUUCCCGCUCACCCUGGCGUGUUCCGCGUACCUCAUCGUCUCGGUGCUCGGCACAGUCUUGGCUGAAGUCGCCACAUCCAUCUAUUACUGGGGGUGGAGCUGGGUGUCGCUGGGGUACAACGUAACGCAGAUGGCAUGGAGCGUGGCCAUGGUGCUGCUGUGCGUUCCCAUGCAUGUGGUGUUCAACCGCUUCAUGUGGGACAAUGUGCUGCGCGCCGGGUACCUUCUGCUGCUGGUGGCGCCGUUAUGUGUGCCGGCCGUGGUGGCACCGGGGGAGACGCCGGCGGUGCGGGUGGUGGGGGUGCUGGGGUUGGUGUACGCCUUUCUGCAGUUGCUCAUCUCACGCCAUGUCCGCAUUGCUGGCCUGCGGUUUAUCUAGUGCCCGUGGAAGCCAGCAACCAUGCACAGUCUACACUAUCUACUAAUAACUUUUGCUGCCUCCUGUGCAAAUCAAGCCGGCGGAGGUUAUGUGGUUAUUGAUGCCUAUGGU